AUGCCCCUCUGCAUUCCCCAACCCCCUGCGCCGCUGCUGUCCGUGCGCGCGCCGCUCGCGUAUGGGCCUCGCGCCGCAGCGGAGGAGAGGGCAGGCGGGGAAACCGCGAAAAGGGAGGCGGACGCGGAGAAUGCGAGCGCUGGCGGCGGCGGCAUCGACCUGAAGCGAUGGAUGGAGCAGCGCGUGCGCGCCACGGGCAUCGAGCCCUUCCCGUCCCUGCACGGCGUCUUCCCCCCGCCCUCGCGCGCGCAUUCCCCCGACUCCCCCCCCGAGUACCACGAUUCGGGAUGGAUCAGAGCGCCGCCCCGCAGCAGAGAGGGCAGGGAGGGGAAGGAGGGGAUAGAUGUUUAUGAUGGCAAGGGGACAAAGGGAGGCAGGGAGGGAAGUAGCAGUGCGAAGGGCGGUGAGGAGGGCGUUGCAAGCAGGAGUGCGGUGAUGAGUGACGUCAGCAGCAGUGGUGACUCGAGUGAUGGCAGCAGCACGGGCAGCAACGAGGGCGAGGGGUGGCAUGCGUCCGCCUUGAUGCAGCUGGGCGGGCUGCCGGGCGUGCCCAUCCACUCCAUGGACCCGCCAUCCAGGAGGGAGGCGGUGAGGAGGGCGAGGCAGGCGGCGCUGGUGGCGUGUCUGCUGGAGGAGGGCUUCCGCCUGCCUGACCUUCUCCGCUUUGCCUCCACCCGCUGCGCCUUGCUCACUACGUCCCCCACGCUGGCAAGGGAGCGCAUGGCGUAUCUGCGUGCCAUCGGGCUGCCGGCUUCCGAUGUGCCGCGCCUCGUCGCCCGCUGCCCCAAGCUGCUCACCUACCGCGUCGACACGCGCAUGGCGCCACGUAUCGACUUCCUACUGGCGCUGGGCGUGCCCCCUGACCGCGUGGCGCGGGUGGUGCAGCUCGCCCCCGCCAUCUUCGAUGCUGGAUACAGGUUAGUGCGAAAAGUCGAAAUGGUGGUGUUGAUUCAUCUGUUCCUCUCUCCACCCGUCCUGUUCCUCUCUCCACCCGUCCUGUUCCUCUCUCCACCCGUCCUGUUCCUCUCUCCACCCGUCAUGUUCCUCUCUCCACCCGUCCUGGCCCGCCAGAAUGCGCUGCAGCUGAGUGACGAGGACGUGGUGAAGGUGGUGGUGCGCAGCCCGCAGGUGCUCACUCAGAGCGUGCAGGGCGGCCUCGUGCCGCGCCUGCACUACUUCCUGCACCACCUCGCACUGCCCCUGCCCUCCCUCGCCUCCAUGGUCGUGCGUGCGAUGCUACUAGGCAUGCCACCUCCACACUCUUCUUAUCGUGCAUCUCACCAUGCAUCUCACCAUGAUGUCACAUCCAUUGCACCACACGUCACCAUGCUCGUCAUGUCCUCCUUCCCUCCCCCUCAACCCCUUCCACGCCACCAGCCAUCCACAGCUGCUGCACUAUUCAUUGGAGGACGCGGUGCGCCCGCGGGUGGCGUUCCUCAGAGCCAUCGGCCUCUCCAGCCGGGAUGUCGCACACGUGCUCUUCCGCCUGCCCCAGGUGUGCUCUUCCGCCUGCCCCAGGUGUGCUCUUCCGCCUGCCCCGGUGUGCUCUUCCGCCUGCCCCAGAUCCUCUCCCUCUCAGUGCCCAACUGCCUGGCUCCCAAGUACGACUACCUCAUUCACCAUCUGGGCGGCUCGCCCAGCUCCAUAGUCUCCUUCCCCGCCUACUUCUCCCUCUCCCUGCACGCCCGCAUCCGCCCGCGCCACCUCUUCUACCUGCGCUGCCGAGCCGCCUCCGCACCCACUGCUGCCCCUCCUCAGCUGCUGUCUCCUCUUUCCCCGCCACCUGCUCACGACCCUCCCGCCUCACCCCGUGCUGCUACCUCCUCAUCUACUGCCAGUCCCACCUCCCUUUCCGUGCUGCCACUGCCGACAGACACGUCUCUCGUGCCACCUCCGCCGGCCCCCCUCCCGCCCCAACCCGCCCACCCCUUCGCCUUCCUCUCAUCCGCCCGGCCUUUCUCAGGGCCCUCCUCUCCGCCUCCCCCACCUCACGCGCCGCUGCCCUCCACAGCCUUUCCGCUGAGCCUGCUGGCCCCCACGGACGAGGCCUUCUGCAAGCGCCUGGGGCUGCCCAACGACCUCGAGUACCAGGCCUUCAAACACACCCUCGCCUCCUCUGCUGCCACGCCACCCCAGGCGCCUAAGGUUCCACGCAUGCAUGCUUCUGCUGCUCCGCCAUCUGCAGCAGCACAACCAGCAGCAGGGAUGUCAAGGAGAGAGAAAGGAGGGGCAGUCACACAUUUGACAUCACCUGCCGGAGAAGGCACGGGAAAAUCAUCAGUACAAGAGAAUUGA